AUGAAAUCUCUAAUUGCUGUCAUUGUAUUUGGACUAUUAUCUAUUGGUGCUCUCUCAAAAAAUGUGCGAAUUAUUGGUGGCGAAGUUGGAGAUGUGCGAUUAUAUCCAUUUAUAGCCAAUUUUAAACACAACCAAUUUUUGCAUAUGAUUGGAAGCGGUGUAAUAAUAAGUAACAAACACAUCCUUACAACCGCGCAAGUGGUUGUAGAUUUUUUAGAUCGUUGGGCUCAUCUUAGGGUCUUUACAGGCACUGUAUCCACGGAGUUAAGUCGAGGAACUCCGUAUAAAAUUGAUGAUAUUUUUUUACAUCCUAAAUAUACAGAUGUACGUAAUUAUGAUGAAAUGCAUCUACAUGAUAUUGCUGUUGUUAAGCUCAAAAAAUCAAUUCCAUUUAAUGCUUUCCAAAACGCCAUAGAGCUUUUAGACAGAGAUGUUAUUGAGAAUGACCAUGGAUAUGUUUUGGGAUGGGGAUCGACGACUUAUCCGACUCUUUCAUAUCCAACGCAAAUGCAAAAGGCCAACAUGAGUGUCAUUUCAGAAAAUGUUUAUUCUCAAUAUAUCACCUUUCUAAUACACGACACUCAGUUUGUGGCCUUCGACAAAGCAGGAGUUGGACCAUGCGUGUCUUCAAGUGCUAACUCCUAA